CCUCUCCGCUUGCCGUAGUUUCCGCUGCAGCUGUGUCAGCGCUAAAUAAAGACCGUAAUAAGGAGAAUAAAGCGCGGUUGUGUGCGGGUCUCGCGCUUCAUCCCGCAUUAAUAAACCCGCACACUGUAUCAUGCGCGUGAGUAAUGAGGAUCAGCGCAGUGUCAGUGUGUGUUAGGUGUGUGUGUUGAGUGUGUGUUAGGUGUGUGUGUUGAGUGAGUGUGUGUGUGUGUGUAGAAGCUGACAGGCCGUUGCGGGAACAUUAACACUGAGAACAGGAACAUCACUGAACACCUUCAGGUUCCUCUGUGUGAGAGGCGUGGUCAUGGCGGCGUGCGGCUCCGACUCGGUGCACUACAUCCGUCUGCAGAACGCGAGUGAGUGUGUGUUAGAGUCUCUGCGGUCUCAGCGGCGUGACGGUGUGUUCUGUGACGUGACGGUGCGGAUCCAGGACGCGUCCCUGCGCGCUCACGCCUGCGUGCUGGCGGCCGGAAGCCCGUUCUUCCAGGACAAGCUGCUGCUGGGCCACUCGGAGAUCAGCGUUCCGCCCCUGGUGCCGGCCGACGCCGUGCUGCAGUUGGUGGAUUUCCUGUACAGCGGCUCCAUGGUGCUGCUGCGCUCGCAGGCCCUGCGCAUGCUCACCGCCGCCAGCAUCCUGCAGAUCAAGAGUGUCAUCGACGAGUGCACGCAGAUCAUCUCCGCCUCCGCCAACCACAAACGGGCCGCUGCCGCCGCAGCCGCCGCCGCCGCCAAGGGCCGGGGCACGGAGGAGGGCGGGGCUGUGGGAGGAGCCAUGUCUGGGUUCGGAUACACGAUGGAGGAGUGUGGCGAAGUCACGUCAGAAAGCACAGAGCAGACGAGCACACACUUCAUCUCACAGCAUCAAGCAGGACUGCAGACAGGGGCGGGGCAGGGGGAGGCGGCCUCUCUGGAAGCGGGCGGAGUCGGCAGGAUGAUGCCCCCCCUCAGUGACCUGAUGUGCAGAGGGGAGGGGCUUGGUGCAUCAGGGGGUGCGGCCUCUCUAAAGCCUGUGAGCUGUCCUCAGGAGAUCCAGAGUUACAUGCUGAACCAGAAUGCUGAGAGAACCACUGCGCAGAACCAGAGCCAGAACCGGGCGGAGUCAGGCCACGCCCCCAUCAACAAUCCUGCCUCAUUGGGCAGGGGUGGCGGUGGGGCAGGGUUCGUGGGUGUGGCUGAGGAGCUGCCUGUGGGGAUGGAGAGGUUCAGCGAGGGGGAGGAGCUGGAGGACAGAGGGAGAGACGGAGAGAGAGACAGGGGGGCGGGGCAUAGCCGCAAACAGAGACAACCGCUACGGUUACAGGUGAUGGGACCGGAGCAGGUGGUGGUGAAGGACGAGGAGAACCUGCAGGAAGGAGAAAACCUGUUCCAACUGGACGAGCGACAGGACACAACACACACACAAUCACACACACAAACCUACAGCCAGGCAGGGUUUUAUGAAGAGCAGAAUGUGUAUGCUGGAGGUUUUUGGCCACAGACUGACGCAUCUCAGGCUUUGGUGUCGAACCCCCGUUCCCGUGGCAACAAACCACUGUCCCCACCCACUUCCUCUCACAUCAACAAUCAGAUGCUCUUUCAGUAUCCUGUCAGCGAAUCACAGCCCUCCUCCUUCUUUGUGGGAGGAGCUAUGACAAUGGACAGCAUGCCAGAGACGUGCCAGCAGGCCCCGCCCCCACCCCCGCUGACCCCGGCCCCGCCCCCUCCGGCCCCGGCGUGUGUCGCAGGUCCAAGUUUUACGGCUCAGGGAUCAGAAACGUCGUUCGACUGCAGCCACUGUGGCAAAUCGCUGCGAUCACGCAAGAACUACAGCAAGCACAUGUUUAUACACUCCGGUCAGAAGCCCCAUCAGUGCAGUAUCUGCUGGCGCUCCUUCUCCCUGCGCGACUACCUGCUGAAGCACAUGGUGGUGCACACGGGUGUGCGAGCGUUCCAGUGCAGCGUGUGCAGUAAGCGCUUCACGCAGAAGAGCUCGCUAAACGUGCACAUGCGCACUCACCGCGUCGAGCGCAACUUCUCCUGCACCGUGUGCAACCGCGCCUUCACCCACCGCACCUUGCUCGAGCGCCACGCCCUCCAGCACCAGCACCCGGCCCCGCCCAUCAAACCCCCGACCAACCACGGAGCCAUGGGCGGAGCCGGAGGGACCGGGCCUGCCCCCUAGUGGCCAAACUGAGAGCUCGGGGUGGACGCGCUAAUAACGAUUACCAUCGUAAUACCUGCUCAAUAAUUACAUAAUAAUAAUAAUAAUAAUAAUAAUAAUUAUUAUUAUUAUUGUUGUUAUUAUUACUAUUAUUAUAUUAUUAUUAAGACAUUUAACAUUUACAUUUAUUCGAUCAUUAGUUCGUAGACCACUGGGGGGGGCGUGUCUUUAAGUCCAUAUAAGGACAUAGCUAGCUAUCAUCAGCUACCAUGACGAGAUUUCUGAGAGUAAUUUAAAGUGAUGCUCGAAUGUUAAUUCGAGCAUCAUGAAGCAUGCUAACUAGCUACUUUGAGCUAAACUGACAUAAUCUUUGACAUAUUUUAAAGAAUUUUCAUUGCUGUUCUAGUUAGCUAGCUAAUACAAGCUAAUCUGACACGUUUCUGACAAGAAUUUUAAGUAAUAUUUAUAAAUGUUCAUAGCCUUCCUAACCAAAGUUAGCUAAUAUUUAGCUAGCUAACGCAGCACAAACCUGAAAGGAUUCAUGAAAAGAUAUAUUUAGGUGGCUUCAUAAACAUUCAUAAUCUUUAGAAAUAAAUUAACGAAUCUUUAGCUAAGCUAACCUGGCUAGCUGAAAUGAGCUAACCUCAGUCACACUCAUAAAUGCAUUAAUUUUCGCUGCUAGCUAGCUGGCUAACGUUAGCAUGAAUGUUCACUGUGUUCACAGGAGAUUUAGCUAGCUGGCUAAUGUGAGUGAAACAGACGGGAUCUGUGAGAGAACUUUAAAAGCGUUUUAAAAUCAUAUGUGGUCUCAAAGACACGCCGUAUAUUUACAAAUUUAAAUAAAUAUAAGAAUAUAAAUAUAUAAAUCUAUGUGGCGUAGUUUAUACGCAUCUGAGAGCACUUCGAGUGUCACGUCCACCCCGAGUGUGAGAGAGAAAACCACCGCGAAUACGAGUCACAAUCACAGUUUCAUUCAGGACACACACACACACUACACACUACACACACAGACUACACACACACACCUACACACACAUCAUUACACACACACACUACACACACAGACCACACACACACACACACCCCCCUACACACACAUCAUUACACACACACACACACACAUUACACACACAGACUACACACACACACACCUACACACACAUCAUUACACACACACACACACACACAUUACACACACACAUCAUUACACACAUACACACACCAUUACACACACACACACACACUCUUUUACACAUCAUUACACACACACACAUCAUUACACACACAUACACACACACCCACCCCUACACAUCAUUACACGCACACACACUUACACAUCAUACACACACACACACACAUACACACACUUUCACAAACGCACACACAGUCGCGCACAUCUACACACUUGCGCAGCGUGUUCUGAUAAUCAGCUGUACGAUAUGUUGGAAUAUUCAGCACUGUUGCGGGUGUGUUGCGGUUGUGUUGCGGGUGUGAUGCGGGUGUGAUGCGGGUGUGUUGCGGGUGUGAUGCGGGUGUGAUGCGGGUGUGAUGCGGGUGUGUUGCGGGUGUGUUGCGGGUGUGAUGC